CGUGCAACUUCAAGGUCUUUCGUUUCGUUUUUAUUUUCGAUCGCCAUUUCUUCGAUAUUGACACGACUGGUAAACCACAAAAGUAGGAGUUUAUUACCAUUGAAUCAGUGCAAAUUUAGAAGUUCCUGCACGCUAUUCAAAGUGGGGGCAGUCAGUGGAAUCGCGAGUCGCACUGGCGCUUACACGGUGAAUGUAGUCGCAAAGUCGAGGAGGAAAAGCAAGAUGGCGGCGAACAGCCGUGGUCGAGAGUCAUUUCAAUUAUCGCCAGUGCAUCGUUUCUCUGAUGAACUCCAAGACCUUACAAUCCAGGAUGAGUUCGACCCAUUUGAGGGGAACUCGAUGAGCUUUGACGAAACUGUGGACAUCAACCUGACAGCGCCUCCGGAAACUGAAUGGUACCAUGGUAAACUGGACAGAGCCACCGCAGAAGAAAGAUUGUCAGUUACAUGUAGAAUUGGUAGUUAUCUUAUCCGGCAAAGUGACCGCCAUCAUAGUUCAUAUGUCUUAUCGUAUUUAGGCAACACAGGAAUACACCAUUUCAAGAUAACAGCAGUAUGCGGUGACUAUUACAUAGGCACAUGUAGUAGGCAGUUUGAUAGUCUCUCAGGAAUCGUCAGUUGGUACUCAAGUCUAUCCACAAUCUUGAAAGAUGAAAUGCUGCUUUAUCCUUUGCCCCCACCUGAUUUUGUGAAAGGAGAAGUGUUCACUGUCCAGAAUGAAUUAGGGGAUGGUUGGCUGUGGGUCACAUCACAUCGUACUAAGCAGAGUGGAAUGGUGGUCAAGGACCUAAUGGAAGAAAUUGAUUAUAAAGUAGACCCCAAUGAAGGCAAAGAGUAA